GUCAACUACUAGUAAUUCCAUCAUCACAAUCAUCAUCAUCAUCAUCUCUUCCCUCCUGCUUGGCUCGCGCAUCUCGUCAUCUUUUCUAAUUCUAGAUACUUGAUUCUCCACGACUUACUCGGUACGCAGUGGCUCGUACUGGAGAUUACAGCAGUCUGGAGGCAAAACCAUGCGAUGACAACUGACACGCCUUUGCCAGCUCCAUGGCUCAAAAUCACCACGGUCAUUCUUUAUUACAUCGUUCUCUACCCCAUCCUGGUGCUUUUGAAGGCACUAUGGUACAUUUUAGUAUUGAUAUCCACCCCCGUAAUAUACAUUGGAUCAUCGAUUCUCGCUCUGAUCCUGAUGCCAUGGCGCGUAUUCGCUCGGUUUGAGGCCCUCUGGUACUUCAUCGGUAGUGCAAUUGUUCUCGGCACCGUGCUCGGUCUCAUUCUACACUUCACUCUGCGCGCUGUUGUGCUCGUAUUUAGACUCGACGAGAAACCGAGCGUCGAUCCUUCCCCUCCGACCGGCCACGACGCCAUGUCGUACAGAAAAGCAAGAGAAGAGAAGAAGAGGAAGCAGUUGAAAGACCAAGAGCGACUGGCUGUUCAGGCCAAAUUGCUUGCCUCCCGGCCGCUCCUCCAGGAGGCCGUCCGUGAAGCCCGCAAUAUGCCCUUGUCGAGCACACCUAUCAGUCCAUUGAGUCCAAGUGUUUCUGGGUCAAACCGGCCUGGCUUGCUUCAACAGACGAUCCUCGAGCACAGCGAUGAAGAUGAUGACUCUUCAGUUUUCUGAUCAUCACCGUAUUCCAGCCUUGACAAGAGCUUGUUGGAACAUAUCUUUGCAUCGAACUCGACUGCCGAGUCUAGCACACAGAAGAAAUGCACCACUCAGUUUUCGGUGUAGACUGUACGUUUCCUCCGGCGGUGGUGCAAGCCGUUCUCUGAGCAUGACGGGUAUGAGACCCCGGACUCGGUCGGUGAUAGUCUGGUUUUGAAAGUCAUAAACAUCAGGCGCCGAGUUCAUGAAAGGCUCUGCCAGCGUCAUAACUGAGUCAAUGUGUGCGUUCAGCAUAGCUCUGGAUUCGUAGCCAGUAAGGUAUCCAAGCUUGAUCGAUAGAUCUCGGCAGGUAUUUCUAUCGUUCCUCGACGCGGCGUCGAGGACCCUGACGUACAGGUCAAUGAAUUGAGCUGGAUAUUCUCGUGAUGCUCCAAAGUCGAGCAGUUCCAGUUUGUUGGUGUGGGCGUCGUAGAGGAAGUUUGUCCAGUUGGGAUCUGUCUGCAUGUAUUUGAACUCGAUGAUCUCGCGCAGGCAGAGUCGAAGAAUCUGACUCCCGAUCCAGUCUUUUUGCUCUUGCGUGAAGUUUUGGAUCUUCGUCACAGCAACGCCUUCCAUCCGCUCCAUAGUCAAUACGCGCUUCCCAG